AUGGCCCCGUCGAAAGAGGUCAUCAUCAUUGGCGCUGGCGUCUCGGGCCUAGGCAUGGCCGUCCAGCUCAAGCGCUUCCUUGGACACGCCAACUUCACCAUCUACGAAAAGUCGGACAACAUUGGCGGCACCUGGUGGCACAACCGCUAUCCUGCAUGCGCCUGCGACAUCCCCAGUCACUUCUACUCGUACAGCUUCGCCCUGAACCCCGACUGGACGACUACGUAUCCUGGCCGCGAUGAGCUCCACGAGUACUUCAUGUCUGUUGCUGAAAAAUUCGACAUUCUGCCCCAUUGUCGAUUCAACGCCAUGUGCGUGGAUCUGGUCUGGGACGCUGCACGUUCGCUGUGGGUGUGCACGUUUGAGGACACGCAGACUGGUGAGCAAUUCGUCAAGGAGGCGCCAGUUGUCGUGAGCGCGGUUGGAACCCUGGACCGCCCUUACAUCCCCGAGCUUGAGGGCGCCGAGUCCUUCCAGGGCAAAAUGUUUCACAGCGCUCGAUGGGAUGAUUCCAUCGAGGUCAAGAACAAGAACAUUGUAGUCCUGGGGAACGGUGCCUCUGCAACCCAGUUCGUGCCAGAGCUCGUCAAGGACGUUGGUCCCAAGGGGAAAGUGACUCAACUGGUCAAGAGUGCUCACUGGUGGACAAAGAGAGGAAACCCAACCUACUCAAAUACCUUCAAGCUCACCAUGAAGUAUGUCCCACUCGCGGCUCGCAUGUACCGCAUCCUCCUCGCCUGGGACCUUGAGAAAGUCUUCUACUCUUUCCUCAUGACCAAAGACGGCGCCCGCAUGAGACAAAAGAUCCGUGACGCCACCAACUCGUUCAUCGAGAAUGAUGCUCCGCCGCAGUAUCGACAAGUCCUGAGGCCCGACUACGAGCCUGGCUGCAAGCGCAGGGUCAACACGGCAACCUACCUGGCCGCUCUGCACUCACCAAACAUGCUCUUGGCCAAGGACCGGGUCACCAAGAUCGGCCCGCGCCACGUCGAGACGGAGAGCGGUGCUGAGUACCAAGCAGAUGCCAUCAUCUUUGCCACUGGCUUCACGACCCAGAAGUGGCUUCACCCAAUCCGCGUCAAGGGCGAGAACGGUCAAGACCUCCACGAGGUUUGGGACGCCUCAGGCGGUGCUGAAGCCUACAAGGGUACAGUUGUCACGGGCUUCCCCAACUUCUUCAUCCUCUACGGGCCGAACGCCGCCACGGGUCAACACUCGGUCAUCUUCCACUCCGAGUGCCAGAUCAACUACACCUGCCGCCUACUGCGGCAUGUACUCACCGGCCGGCACCCUGCGGCCUCCAUCAUGGUCAAGCCCGAAGCCCAGCGUCGCGAUCUAGCCUGGGUGCAUAAGAAGCUCAAGAGCCUUGUCUUCAACAGUGGCUGCCAGAGCUGGUGGAUGGAUCCCAAGACGAAGAAGAACACCUUCAUCUACCCAGACCCCAUGUUCCUGUACUGGUUGCGCACGAUAUUCCCACGCUGGUCUGAUUUUGAAGUCCGUAGGGUUGAAACCCCUGGGGGCUCGAGUUCCAAAGUUGUCUUGAGCACGCUGCUAGCUGUCGGGUUGGGCUCUGUUGCAGUGGGGUGCGCCAAGGAUGUUGACAACUCUCUGAAGCUUGUCAAAGAACUUUUGCAAAGCGUUGGAUCACUAUUACGGUCUGGGUAG